ACGCCGACGGAGAUAGGCCCGAAAUAGUUCGAAGCACACUGCACACAGUGCAUACAACAGCUUUGACUUUUGUGUAAGUCGUUACUCGUUAGUACAGAGGCUAGAGCUCUGCUGCACACUGCACAGGGCCAACAAGACAGUCGCACUCGCAGGAGCUUUAGACAGUUUAUUAGAGGUGUUAUAGAAAAAGUGACCGGCAGAGCAGCAGCGACAUUGGAGGCCGAUGCGUAACCUAAAAGUCAAACAUUGACGUGUGUUUACAGUGGAUCUGUUAUCUGUUGAUCGAUUGAAAAAGUAAUCGAGUGCAUUUUUGGUGAAAAUGCCUCCAACGCAAAAUUCCAGUAUUGAUUCUGCUCAAUCGGACUCUGAAAGUGGUACUGGUUCAUCGGCUUCAAGCCGCAGUGGAAGUCCAAACUCCUCACACAAACCACAGCAAUCUGAGCGAGCUGGCUCAAAUGAUGGAAGUCGACCACACUCCAGAGCUUCGAGCAGACGAAGCAGUCGUUCCAGAUCUGUAAGCAGAUCUCCAUCCAAAGCGAGAUCUCGCAGUCCAAGAUCUUCAAGAUCUAGAAGCAAAACACCUGGUAGUCAUAGAUCAGGUUCUCAUCGCUCGCGAAGUGGAUCUGUAAAUUCAGCUAGAUCAGGCUCACAUCAUUCUCGCACCCCAUCGCCUGCAGGAAGUCAAAAAUCUGGACACAGUAGAAGAUCAGGAAGAUCCAGAAGUGGUUCGUACAACAGUAAGCGAUCUGGUAGUCAUGUGAGCCAGCGAUCUGGAAGCAAUGUUAGUAAAAGGUCUGGAAGUCAUGCCAGCAGGCGAUCAGGAAGUCAUGCAAGCAGAAGAUCUGGAAGUCACACUAGCAGACGAUCGGGAAGUCAUGAAAGUAGAAGAUCUGGAAGCCAUGCUAGCAGGCGAUCUGGAAGUCAUGUCAGCAAAAGAUCUGGAAGUCACGUUAGUCACAGAUCAGGUAGUCAGACUAGUAGGAGGUCUGGAAGUCAUGGAAGUAGAAGUUCGAGUGGCUCGAGACAUAGUCGAUCCAGAAGUCCUUCUCAUGACUCCUUGAAAAAAACUACCGCUGCAGCCGACGACGACGACAAACAACAACAACAGCAACCGGAGAAACGACGCGUGCGAAGCGACGACUCCGAGUCCGACAACGCCGAGACCAAGGCCAAGAAGAAGCGCAGCGCCCUGAUCGACAGCGACUCCGAGCCCGACGACGAGAUCCAGAAGGCCAGCAAGCAAAGUGACGAGCCGCAGCCGACGGCCGACGCUCUGUUCGGGGACGACAUCAGCGACAUCAGUACCGACGACGAGGACGAGGCGGCGGCCGGGAAAAAAGACGCCGACAAGGAGGCCGACGACGACGACGACGCCGUGGCCGGGGCUUCCACCUCGGAGGCCGCUGCUGCCGAUUAUACACCCGCUUCACCACCGGUGCAUCGACGCAGUCGCAGUCGCAGCAGGAGUAGGAGUCGCAGCAGGAGCCGCAGUCGCGACGGGUCCGAGGAGAGGAGUCGCGCGCCCCUCAUCGAGGACGACGAGGAAAAGGAGAAGGAGGACGAGCCGCCACCGGAGACGCGCAUCGACGUCGAGAUACCCAAGAUCACGACCGAUCUCGGCCGCGAGAUACACUUCGUCAAGCUGCCCAACUUUUUGUCCGUGGAGACUCGGCCCUUCGAUCACGAGACUUACGAGGACGAGAUCGACGAAGAGGAGACCCUCGACGAGGAGGGCCGCGCCAGGCUCAAGCUCAAAGUGGAAAAUACUAUAAGAUGGAAGGAGGACUUCAACGAGGACGGCAAGCUCGAGAAGCAGAGCAACGCCCGCUUCGUGCGCUGGUCCGACGGCAGCAUGUCGCUGCAUCUCGGCUCGGAGAUAUUCGACGUGUACAAGCAGCCGCUGCAGGGCGAUCACAAUCAUCUCUACAUCAGGCAGGGCACGGGUCUGCAGGGCCAGUCGGUGUUCCGCACCAAGCUCACGUUCAGGCCGCACUCGACCGAGUCCUUCACCCAUCGCAAGAUGACCAUGUCGCUGGCCGACAGAUCGCAAAAGACGAGCGGCAUCAAGGUCAUAUCGCAGGUCGGCACCAAUCCCGACCAGAACAAGUACGAGAUGAUCAAGAAGGAGGAGGAGAAGCUGCGCAUGGCCAUGCGCGCCCAGAGCAAGCCCAAGAAGCCGUCGGGCCGCGGCUCGAAUCGGGCCAACGCCGGCUACGGCAACGAUCCGUAUCACGACGAGGCCUCGGACGACGAGAACGCGAUCUCGCUGGCGGCCAUCAAGAACAAGUACAAGAACAAGUCCGGUGGCGGUGUCUCGAAACUCGCCUCCAAUAUAUAUUCAUCUGACGAAGAGGGAUCGGAUUUCGAGGCCGGCCGGCCCAAGAAGCACCAAAAGAGCCGCACGAUUCUGGAUUCCGACGAAGAAUCGAAAUCUGGCUCGGAUUCCGCCAGUGGCGGCGACAACGUGGACGUUGAAAAAGAUAGCGAAGAAGAAGAGUAAACAGUGUACAAAUGUGUAUUUUCAGUAUAAAAUAAUGUAUAAAACUGCAACUUGUUAGUUUGAAAAUUAUCAUAGGGUUCUUUUUUAAGUCAUAAAAAUUCACAUUGAAUCUUUAUUGUCAAUUCGAUUCAAUUACUUACUUGAAUAAAAAAAAGUUUUUAGUAAUUAAGUA